AUGACGAUGGCACGAUACCACCCGUACUCAGAUAGUCCCACUUCGAGAUCGGAAAAAUCAAGAAUGGAAAAGGCAGAACAACGAAAACGAACUCGGCUUUUGAUCGAAGCACUUGAUCCCCUUGUGCCUGUAUUCUCUAGAACCUGUACGGCAGAAAAGGGAAGCUUGAGAUCGAAACGAACUCUUUUACAACUGCAGGAGGAUACUGUUUUCUUUCUCAAGAGAAUUACACGCAAGAAAGCCACCAGGCAUGAUUAUGUAGAUUGCGAUGUCAUGCGCGAAGGCAUGUUGUCGAGUAGCUUCAUUAUAUUAGUUGAGUUGGAUGUGACAACGGGUGAAAUCAUACAAUGCAGCAAUGGGCUUAGCAGGUGGUAUCAGCUUCACCCAUCAGAAAUCAUCGGGCAAAACUUUGCUCAUUUCCUCGACACCAAUGAUGUACAUAGGUUCAAGAAUUUCUUGCGACUCUCUGCAAGCAAAACGACAGCAAAAGGAAUCAGAGUCAAGCUUCUGACGUUUGGAUCCAAGUGCUACGAGCAGCUCGAAUGCACAGUUAAGGCUGUGCAAGACCCUGUCAAUGGGCGGUCUGUGUUCCUGCUGAGUUUCGAUGAAGAGGCACCCAAGAAUCCCGACUGCUUCCCUCUUUGGAGUCCUUGCCUUCUGCGCGGGAUGUCGGGGAUCUUCAGGUUUGACGAGUCACAGUCGUCAGGUCCUCCUACGGAUGUUGACGGACAGAUGCGGAAGUUGAGCAGGAAGGGGAAUGCGGAGCUGGGUUGGUGUCAGAUUGGUGUGAGCUCCCUCCUCAAGACUGAGUCUGCUCGGGCAAUGCUAGACAGACUGGGAGGAGAGAACAGGCAAGCGAGCUCGAUCAGCUCGGCGUUCAUGCGGCUGGUGAUGAAAAUGGUGGAGAUGCACCUUACUUUCGACUUCAACUCCCACGACGUUCCCUUCGUCGCCAUGCACGCGCGUCUGAAGCUCCCGAGAGUGCUGGGAUCGUUGCGAACUCCAUGGGUCGAGGUUCUACACACAAGCCUUGAUGGAGCUCCCGUGGAAGGGUUUCUCACGUUAGCUGGGACCCAGCUGCGCUUCUUUGCGCAUAGGAAUUCUGCUCCUGGCUCGCUGCAUGUCACAGGAGCGCACUAUCGGCAGGAAGAAGGCGUCUGGAAGUGCUAUCACACGCGAACAUGGAUCAUCACCCCUAACAAGUCACGGAUCUACGGGCAGAUCUUCCGUGACCUCGAUGACAAGCCUUAUCAGUUCGAGCAGACCUUCGUUCGGGUGGAGGACCCCGAUCGCUCUCUGAUGUGUAAGUAUGUGGUAUAG